AUGUCGUCAACCGAGACUCAAACGCAGACAUACACGCAUAUUGAACUACGCAGUGCGCAGGGCCCGACAUUUCGCCAGGUAUCUACGGCACCACCCCGUCCGGCGACAGAGGAUGAGAUCCCUGUAAUCGAUCUGGGCCCGAUCAAUGGUAAUCUUGAAGCCCGGAAGGGUCUUGCAGCUAAGAUUCGAGCAGCAGCCGAGAACACGGGAUUCUUCUAUAUCAAGAACCAUGGCAUAUCAGAGGAACUCAUCCAGGAUGCCCUCUCCCAAGCCAAACGCUUCUUUGACCAACCCGCGAGCCAGAAAGAAAAGCUCUCUUCUCAAAAAUAUGACCAUACGGUUGGAUAUUCCGGGGUCGGGUGGGCCCAGGCUAACAGGACGGAAUCAAAAGGCAGGUCUGAUCAAGUAUCGUCGAUGGAAAAAAGAAAAUGA